AUGUUCCGGAUCCUGAGACCUGGGACCCUGGGCCAGGCGGGGCCUUGGCUGGCGUGGAAUCGCCAAUUUAGCACAAGCUGUAUAAGACUAGCACCAAAGUUAGUACCGGGACAGGUUCGAGACAAGGUAUGGACGCUGCCAAACGCCUUAACUGUGUCGCGACUGGUUGCUGCGCCUGCAGUCGGAUAUUUGAUUUUGCACAACCAAACAACUGCCGCUCUCGGGGUUUUUACCUACUGCUGUGCUACCGAUUUUCUCGAUGGCUGGAUCGCCCGUAAGUGGAACCAAAAGUCCGUCGUGGGCUCCAUCAUCGACCCUGCAGCCGAUAAGCUUCUCAUGGUAACUCUGGCGUCCUGUAUGGUAGCUGCCGGUCAAAUACCGGUGUGGUGUGGGGCUAUGAUACUUGGUCGGGAUAUUUACCUGGGAAUUGCUGCGUUUUACCUCCGGUAUAUCUCACUGCCGCCUCCAAAAACGUUCGCCCGUUACUGGGACAUGUCCCUCCCGUCUGUUCAGGUGUACCCAUCCCAAUUGUCCAAGUGGAACACAUUUUUCCAGAUGGUUUACCUCGGAUUAGCGGUCGCCGCACCUGUUUUUACUCUUCCGGCUACAGCAAUGAAUACGUUUGCUGGCCUUGUUACUGUUACGACCGGGUUGUCGUGGAUCGACUACAUUAUAAACAGACCGUUUAAAUUCAUCAAGGGAACUAAAAAGAACAAUAUAUAUAAGUAG